CCCGGGCAAUUCUUCUUCACACAGGAGCUGUGGCAUUUGUCGUUUAUCGACCCCUUUAUUUUUUAUUUCUCCCCUCCCCCCGUGAUGUAUCUUAACAACUUGACGCCCGACAUGGAUUCAGUGUCUACAUGUGCAGAUUUUCCAGUCAGGGACACUCUGACUUAUUGUCAAAACACGCAAGAAGACGCCAGCUCCCCAGCCUCCUCCUCCACCGACAGCAAUGCGAAGGAGCUCUGCCAAGACAUGGACAUAGAAGCCAGCCCAUUUGUUCCGACAGUCACUGCAAUUUCCUCCACCCCAGAUUUCCAGUGGAUGGUCCAGCCUACGAUUAUUACAUCUGUCUCCCCGUCCCUGGGUAGCAAGCAAGCCAAUGAGGUGCAGAGCUCUCACCAGGCAACACCCAAAGCGGGCGGGAGCAGGGGGAAAAAUGCGGCCAGGAAGGGGAAAGCGGAGCAGCUCUCUCCGGAUGAGGAGGAGAAAAAGAGGGUAAGGCGAGAGAGGAAUAAAAUGGCUGCAGCCAAGUGUCGCAACAGGCGGAGGGAGCUGACGGACACGCUGCAAGCUGAGACGGACAAGUUGGAGGAGGAGAAAACCGCCCUGCAAAAAGAAAUAGCCGGCCUCCUUAAAGAGAGAGAACGGCUCGAAUUUGUCCUCGCGACACACAAACCCGUGUGUCAGAUGUCAGAAGAGCUGGAGUCCAUGUUCCACGUGUCCGCUCUGUCCCCGGAGCUUCCGCUUUGCCCGGUCGAGGACAAGCUCCCAGAAGACGGUGCCCAGGAAGCCCCCUCACUGCAAGAUGCGGACGUGCCCAGUGACCCCGCCACGGCCAUCUCCGGGAACUCCAACAUCCUGCUGUGCGCCAGCGCCGGAAUCAACAUCAGCGACCUUGAGCCCUCUCUGGGUAUUAAGGAGGGGCUGCUGGACAAUCUGAUGCCCAAUAUGGAGGAGAAGACCAGCACGGAGACGGCGCGCUCCGUCCCAGACAUAGAUCUGAGCAGCUCUCUUGGGGUCUCGGACUGGGAGACCCUGUACAAAUCGGUUUCCGGUGACCUGGAGGCUCUGAGCCCCGCUGCGGUGACCUCCACCCCUACCUGUAGCAGCUAUCUGUCUGUUUUCACAUUCUCCUGCCCCGAGCUGGACUCCCUCGCCGAGGGAUUAGAUGACCAUAAAGGCGGAGGGGGGAAGGCAGAAAAUGUCGAUAUCCUCAAUUCCCCAACUCUCCUCGCCUUAUAAUGUAUAGAGUGACGUGAUAUUGAUCUGAUCUCUGCCAUUGCAUUUUUAUUUUAUAUUUAUUUAUUUAUUUUUUUGCAGAUCCUUGACUUUCGAAAUAACAUGUAUGUACAACAACCUAUGCCACAGAAUGUAUACACCUUCUCCAGAUAUAGAAAGCUGAACUAAGAGCAUGGCUUUUUGACUUGACAGAGGGAUCGGAGUUAACUUCUCGUUUUAAAACGCAUGUUUUUUGGAGCUCAUCUAUAUCGAUCUGUUCCUAGAUCUAUGACGUGUUGUGGAAGUCAGUGUUUGUUUUUUGUGGUUUUUGGUGUCGAUAGUGUAUAUUGGUUACUGUGGAUGUUGUGUUCACGUAUACUUCCAUGUUAAUCACUUGCAUACCUCAAAGUCAUCAACCGUGGUUUGGCCUCAUUGUUAAAGAUGUUUAAAGAGUUUUCCAUGAAAACAUCCAGUGCUAU